GCAGGCAGCUUGGCACAGAGUUGCUGGGAAAAAGGGGAGCAGGCGUGUGGAGGCAGCCUGUGACUGCAGCACUCAGCCUUCCUGCAGGGACACAGCCUCGCGGCACUACCCCGCUGGCAAAGCCCGGGAGGGGGCUCAGGGCCCCCCUUGGAUUUGCGUGCUCAGGCUGUCCCCAGCCUGGCUGCCAUCUCUGUCCCACCCUCCCUCACCCUCCAAAGGGAGAAGGGGGCUGGCAGCUCGCAGAGGACGGCUGGAGAGGCAGCAAGGCAAAGCCAGAGCUCAGCCGGCUGGGGAGAGGUUUCUAAGGAACACCGUCAGCUGGAUUUAAAUGAAAAGCCCUACAGCCACCACCAACUGAGCUAAAAAACAACCUGGAGAAAGAAAUUGCCCGAGUCUCCCAGCUCGCUCUUAACCAACAAUACAAGGGGACCAAGCCAAACCACGUGCGGCCAGUGAAUGCCAGAACGACAGUAGCCGUGGGAAGAUGAGCACAGAGGACACUGGCAACGGGACCUCUCCCACCCCACCUCUCCUUGGGCUUCUGGUUUCAACCACUGAGCUGCUUCCACCCAUUUCCACAUCCCCGGAGAAGGCAGACCUGCUGCCCGUCAUCAUCAUGCUCGUCUGCAUCUUCCUCCUCCUGGCAGCCUUCCUCAUCUUUGUCACCCUCUACAAGCCAGCGGCGCUGGACCAGUCCCUCUCCGGGCCCCGUGAGCGGAUGCCCCAUCACCCAGCAGAUGCCAGCGAGCCCCAGCUGAAGCUCUGGAAGCGCCUGGGCUCCCUGCGAUGCUCCAUCAGCACCUUCAGGAGAAGCCAGCUGGUGUCCCAGACCCAGCUUGCCUGCCCCAGGAGCCGCCCCACCAGCCAGGGCUGGGACAUCAUGGAGUCCACCAAAAUGUGAUCUUGCUUGGCUAGAACUAACUCCUCCGCACUGCUAUCCUUUCCCAAGCUUUGGGCUCGGGCCCAGUUCCCCUCUCAAACAGCCCCCCGCAGUGCCCUGGGCACCCCGGCACAGCCCCCUUGGACAGCUCAUUUCCAGGCAGUGGCUCUGCAAGGUGCCAGGAGAUUUGGCUAUUUCAGGUUCCCAAGUGCUUUCCAGGUUGCUGUUUCCUGGCAGGAAAGGUGGAGGCAUCUGAACUCCACCCACAUGCAGCAAACACUGAGUAGUCAAAAAAAAUAUUGCAGCUUAAUUUCUUUUUGGAAAAAUAUUGUGCAAGUUGCGAGGCACCUGAACCAACAGCCCGGGUGAGAGCAGAGCCACCUGGCUGCCUCUUAGAGAGUUGUCCUGGAGCAAACAUGCUCCCUGAACAGCAAUCCUCAGGCAAGAUUGCUCCCUGAGACAUGCUCCCGAGCAAGUGGAGGAAGGCUUGUGCCCCUCACCUGCUGCCCAGCCCCUGUUCCUCCCGUUCCCGUGCAACAAGCCGCGCUUUGCUGCGGCUGAUGCUCGGGAAGACUCGUGCUACAGCUGUCUGCUGGAAACCUGCUUCAAUAAACGAGCAGUGGGAGCAGGUAAACACGCCUGUCGAUGCAUUCAAGAGGCCUUUGGAGGCUGGCAGCCACUGCUGGCUUGGAAAGGCACCGUGCAAAGCUGAGCCGCCUGUUGCUGCUGGGAGAGGGUACAACAGCCAGCAGGUGAGCUGAGGGGAAAAAGAGGUGGCUUAAUCCUUCCAGGUCUGCAGCUCACACACUACUUUCAGCCAGCACCCUUUGGGUGAAGCCUCCGUGCCUGGCGAGGCCAGGGAGCAGCUCUGCAUCAGGACCUCUGCCCAAGACACUCCUGCUCUCCUCCAACACAGGGAUGCCUGGCUCUUGGACCUGCAGCAACUCAACUGCUCGUGUGGCUCUGAAGGUGCUAAAUAAGCUGGGUUAAAAUGAUCAGCAAAAUGGCUCUGGGUCCCUGACUAUUUAACACUGGGUCGAUCUGCUGACCAGGGCUGGGGCGGAGGAUGCGGAGGGCUAGAUGGGGGUAAUGAGGGCAGUGUCUGCAAGAAGGAGAUGGAGAAACCUUCCAAAACUCUCCUGUUGCCAUAGAGAUGUGGGGAUGUAUUUGAAGGGGAGACAUUCAGUACAUAGGUCAGUUUCAAAGGUGUAAAUUAAGCUAAGCCCAGGUGAUUGCCCAUUUCCAGUUCCCUCUGCUUUGGCUCUGUGGAAAACAGACUUUCCAUAGAUAGGACCUCUCCUUUGUCACAGACCACCAAAGGCAUCUUGGGAAGUGUGCUCUAAGAAAAGGGGCUUUGAUGCCAGACGCAGGUUUCCUCCAUUCGUAGACUUCCAAUUUGCAAAAAAGGGCUCAGUUUUGGGAAUCCCACAGCAGGGCUCCUCUCCUGCAGCACAGCUCCCCUGCACAUCUACAGAUGCUCAGAGACUGGCGCAUUGCUACGAGAAUUACAUACCCUGGGACACAGAUGACAAGGAGCUCAGAGACUGGCACAGUGCUACCAGCAUCACAUACCCUGGGACACAGGUGACAAGGAGCUCAGAGACUGGCGCGGUGCUACCAGCAUUACAUACCCUGGGACACAGGUGACAAGCAGCUCAGAGACUGGCGCAGUGCUACCAGCAUUACAUACCCCGGGACACAGGUGACAAGGAGCUGCAGGACCGGCACUUGGGAACUGGCCACCUCCAGCACAACUCACAUCAAACCUUUCUUGCAAGAGGCAAAAGGCUCUUUUCUUCUCUGGCAGUGACUCACCCUGCCUAGAGGAGCCAGGGACAAAGCUGCCCCUUUCCCCGUGCCACGAGAGGUAUUCAAGGCAGGAGGAGCCUUCCCAGGGCUCUCUGCAAAGAGCCUUUGGUGCCCCUCCAGUGGAGCCCCGGGUUUGAAGGGCUGCUGCGUGAAUGCCCGCAUUCAUGCAGUGCUUACUGAGCCAUUCAGCGCUGCCCACCGCUUCCUCAAAGAGCAAUAAAAAUGAAAGCAAAGUCCAAA